CUUUAAAGUCAAUGGUCUCCUAGUGACCUAAAACGUCGACUUUCUAAAUGGAUUCUAAAGUUGAAAAGUCAAAUUCGUUUUCAGAAGCUCUGAAGCAUACAGAAUUCAACAUCGAAGAAUACCUUAAAACCCUUUUCCAUGAAAAACUAAUAGUUAAUGCACCUGCAGAUGAAGAUAGAAACUUAACUAGUUCUACCAAACUUUUGGAAAAAUAUAAGGAGCUUAAGAAUGUCCAAAGCGGACUUAUGGCCAAAAAAGACGAGUUUAGGGUUAAAAUGGAAGCCAUACAAAAAAGGAGAGAAGACCUUGAGAAAAAAGAGUGUGAACUUAAAGAAUCACUAAUAAAGUUUGACCAAUUUUUCAAGGAUAAUGAUGAAAAACGAGUGAGAGCAAUGAGGAAAAUUUCAACGGAGAAGGGUUUGCAACAGCAAAAGCAGACUGAAAUCAAUAUUUUAAAUGAUGAUAUUGAAUGCUUUACCAAAAUACGUAAAAGGCUAGAAAAAAAGGUCAAGUCACUUCUUAAGUAUCGGCAGUUUUUGGAGUCGGUUGUCAAAAUGUCUGAUGAAUUUUCUGAUAUCUAUGAGCUCAUUUCACGUUAUGACGCUUUAAAAGCCAACUUAAAGGACUUAAAAACCGCAGAUACCGAAAUUCAGAAGAUGAUAGACGAAAAAGGGUGGGAGCUUGUUCACUUUAAAAUUACAAAAAAGGAUGAGAAACUCUCUCUGACUAAUGAAAUAGCUGAGCUUCGUAACUUUUUGGAGUUGCAACAAGUGGACAGUAGAAAUAAAGAGACUCAAUCGGAGCACACAAGAGACCUAGCUGCUAAUCGUAUUUAUGAAUUUAGCACCAUAGUGACGCAAGUCAAAAUUGUAUGUAAUUGUUUUUCAUUCACAGGGCUAUAUCUAAUAUGUAUACUAUUGUACGAUCACAUCAGAAGUACAGUGAAUCAGCUAAGCCUAAUGAAACUUGUAAACAACUAAGAGCAGUUAAAAGUUUCAUUCAAACGUUGGUCAAAAUAAUUGAAGAGGUGACACAAAAACAAUAAUGGUAACGGUUAUCCUGUCUAUCACAUAUUACUUACCACGCGAAAUAAUUGUUUAUAUUUUAUGGGAACUGUUCUUCUCUACUUUUUGUGGUCACAAAGUUAUGUUAUUGUGCCAUGAAUCCAAAAAUGCCGAAGUAUAAAAUGAUGCCCAAAACAAUCUUUUGAGAGUUUUUCUGGUACUUUUGCAUUUGACUUCCUUCUAGACGAUACUGUUGCAAUUUGUAUAUCGAACAAACAAGGAAUUUUCGGCAAAGAGGUACUUAGUGUGUUUCAUUCGGCUUUUUUGUAUUCAAAAUAGCUCAUGUACAAGUUUGUAACAGUUUGUGAUUUUAGUAAGUUGUCUAACUACCUUACUUACAAUAAACUCCUACUCUGUCAGAACAUUUUCUCUGUUCAUAUAAUAUUUAUUUCAAUUGAAUUUUCAACAAAUUAUUUGUAUAUUUUCGAUAUACAAA